AUGGAUCAAAGAUCUUCACGAUCUCGAAUUGAUAGAAGUAAAGAAACAGUUCGACAAAAUUGUCUUCAAGACCUACUUCGUAUAAAACGACAAUCUGUUCAAGCAAUAAUGCCGCAUACAUCAGGAUCAACAUCAUAUGGAUUAAUAGCAUCAACCGAUGAUGAAGGUUCCGAAUUCGUGAAGGAGUUAGAAGAAUAUCAAAAACGACAACGUAACGACUGUCAACAAAAAACAUCAGAUAAUUUAAAAUCUCAAAUAACAACAAAUGAGGUAGUUAAGCAGGAUUCAAACAGAGAUCUCGUCCGAACCAUUGAUUCAUUAUCAAAGUAUUCAGGAGGAAUUGAAGCUGAAUAA